AUGCCAUCCAAUAGUUUUACUGAUUCCAAUAGUGUUCCACAGUGCAUUACUUCUCAACAAACUACUCCCCCUGAUCCUCAUGUUAAUUCCAGUCCCUCUGAUCCUCAUGUUAAUUCCAGUGGUAAUUCACAGAAUGUGGAAGAGGAAAUCAAUAUCAUCAAUAAUGUUAUUUUCCACAAGAAUAAGAUCUUUGUUGGAGGUCUUCCUCACCAAAUUGAGAAAAUAGAACUAAAAUCAUAUUUCAGCACAUAUGGUAAAGUGAUGUACACAAAAAUUAUGCGUGAUGUAUCAAGCAGAAGAAGCAGGGGUUUCGGAUUCAUUACCUUUCAUGAGGAAGAAGCUGUGGAAAAUGUAUUAAAAACCACAUUUCAUAACCUCAAAAACAAACGUGUGGAGGUUAAAAGGGCCGCCGUGAAGCAAACACGCGUUUCACAACCCAAAAUCUAUAACAACUACUAUUACACAUUCAAGAGGAAUAGCAACAACAACAUCAAUAACUACAACACAUUCAACAACAACAACACCUACUGCUACGGCUAUAAUCUACACCCAAUUAUGCCUAUAAACCCCAUUCCUUUCAUGUACCCCUAUAAUUUAUUCCCAUAUCCUCAGCCCAUGUAUUACCUGAUUUACUCAAAUCCACCUCCAUACGUACAUGAUGAACAUGGAAAAAAAGUUCUUUUAUCAAGGCCACAAUUAGAUUAGUUUUUUUUUUUUAUUUAAUUAGGAUUCUAGUUAUAUUUAUUUUUUCUUUAUUCUCGUAAGUUGACAAAGUUACAGCUA